GUUCCUCAUGACCCUGCCCGGCUCCGGCGCCUCUCCACUGCGCCUCCGAAGGGACUCCAGUCCGCUCCUGCUGCACGGAGACCAGGUGCGGCUGAGGCACCUCUACACCGCUAACGAGAGGACCGCUCUGCACCUGCAGAUCGACCCGGAGGGCAGCGUCAGCGGAUCGGCGGAGCAGAACGCUUACACUCUGCUUGAGAUCAGAUCUGUGCAGCCCGGAGUCACCGUGAUCCGAGGGCUGAGUUCAGCGCAGUACCUCUGCAUGGACCACAGCGGCAGACUGCAUGGAGCUCGGCGCUACAGGGAGUCGGACUGCAGCUUCCAGGAGCUGCUGCUGCCGGACGGAUACAGCAUCUUCCUGUCGGCGCGACACUCCGCAGUCGUCUCCCUCGGCGCCGUGCGCCACCGGCACCACUCCCCCGGGACGCGGCUCCCCCCUCUCUCCAAGUUCCUCCCAGUCCUCAGCCUGCUCCCUCCUCAGCCCCAGGCUGGAGAAUUCGAGGCCCUGGCGCUGCAGGGGUUAAUCGCGCCCGGCUUGGACCUGGAUUCCGAGGAUCCCUUCGGGAUGUCCUGGGAGGCCGGCCUGCUGAACCCCAGUUUCAUCAGCAAGAAAUAGGCAACUGACGCCAUUGUGGCUCAAACACGGAGCCGGCUGGCCGUUUGGAAACUAUGGAGAAAUUGGAGCCGGGAUGGCUGCCAGGGCGUCCAGGUUCUUGAGUUGAAACUCGUUCUGCUGGAGUUGAGCUGAGCCGAGCCGAACCGAGCCGAGCUGAACAGGGUUAGGAAACUGGCGCCAUUGUGGCUCAGCCACGGAGCCGGCUGCCUGAUUGGAAGCUAUGGAGAAAUUGGAGCCAACAUGGCGGACGCAGGGUGCAGU